AUGGUGGGUAUGUAGAACUUGGAGGAGAAUCGCCAUGUCAAGGCUUUAUUUAGAAUCUGUAGAGGAAUGCCCUCCCACAGAAGGAGUCGUCAAAGGGAGAGUACCUGACUGGUUGGAGGGUACCUUAUACAGGAAUGGACCAGGACUUUAUGAAUUCGGAGAAUACAAAAUGAACCACCUGUUCGAUGGAAUGGCAUCUGUGCAGAGGUGGAAAUUUCACAAUGGGAAAGUCACCUAUCAAAGAAAAUUUGUUAACAGUCAAGCAUUUCAAAGCAACAGCCGAGCAAACCGCAUAGUUAUGUCAGAGUUUGGGACACGGCAGAUUCCAGAUCCGUGCCUGAAUAUAUUUCAAAGACUUUUCUCUUUCUUCAAAUCAGAUGAAAUGACGGACAACACCUGUGUUACAGUUUGGCCCCAAGGAGAUAGGGUGUUUGUUGCCACGGAAACGAACAAAAUUCACGAAAUCAACCCAGACACACUGGAAACUAUGCAAACAGUGAACUUAUCUCAGUUUCUGACGAUAAAUUCAGCCACGGCACACACCCACUGGGAUAAAGAUGGGACUGUUCACAGCUUUGGCAUCUGGUACCAUGGGAAAAAUGCAAAGUACACCUUAUUCAAAAUUCCACCCAAAACAGAAGUUCAGGACGCAUUUUCCAACAUUGACAUUGUGGGGUCGGUUCCUGCCAGGUGGAAACUACAUCCUGGUUAUCUGCAUAGUUUUGGAAUCACGGAGGAUUUCUACGCCUUUGUAGAACAACCUCUAACGUUUGAUGUCAUGAAAUUAGCCACAAUGAAGUUGACGGGUAAAAAUGUGGAAGAGUCUUUGACCUGGUUCCCGAAUGAGAAAACAAUUUUUCACCUCCUAAACAGAAGAACAGGAAAACUUCAUAACCCCAUGUUUCAAUAUCAGGGAGAGGCCAUGUUUACCUUCCAUCUCAUCAACUCCUACCAAGAUGGAGAUUUUCUGGUGUUUGAUGUGUGCGGUUACAAGGACAAGAAGAUCAUGGAAGCCUUGUAUCUGAAGAACUUUACAGAGGAAAAGAUGGCAGAAACCAUGGAGACCAUGCCACAUGUCACUGUUCGCAGAUACGUGUUUCCAUUAAACAUAAACAAACAGGCAAGCUAUCUAGACAUUACACAUCUUAUCCAAAACAUGAAAAGGGUCAAUUCAAGGUAUCAAAAGAAAAGACCCAAUGGAAAGAACACUUUUCUGGAACAAGUAACACCGUGUUAUAUCAAGUUUCAUUGGUUUUUUUUUAAUCAUCAUUAUUUAUUUAUACAUUGUUUUUGGUCUUUUUUUUUUUUUUUUUUUUGCUUGGUUUUUGUUUGUUUGUUUAUUUGCUUUUUUUUUUUCUCUUUUUGCUUAAGCUACACCGCUGUCACUACUCCACUAAAUGAGAACCUGGUGACUCUGCCCGGAUGUUCGGCCACAGCGGUAAGAAAAUCAGACACGGAGAUUUUCUGUACGUGGGAGGAGAUAGACACCCACGGAGAAGGACUGGAGCUUCCACAGAUCAACUAUUUGGACUAUAACGGAAAGAAAUAUAGAUAUGCUUAUGGAGUUGGGAAAGGACUAUCAAAAAAGCUGGUGAAGCUGGACAUGGAGCGUAAAGAAGUGAAGCUUUGGUCACAAGAGGGCUACUGCAUCUCAGAGCCGGUGUUUGUGCCGACACCCGGAGCUACUAAGGAGGACGAUGGCGUGGUUUUGAGUGCUGUCAGUCCAGUUGACGCGGACAAGCAGGCGUUUAUGUUAGUUUUGAAUGGACAGACGUUUGAGGAGGAAGCUAGAGUGGUUUUUAACACUGAUAGAUUUUCAAGAGAUUUUCACGGAUUUUUUCGCCCCGGAAUGCAAUGAACAUCACGAUAUUUCAUACCAGAAUCAUGAUUCCUGUAGUACAUUUAAGAAAUGUAAAUUUCAGUUUUUAAAAAUACAUUAGGGUAUGAACUGCGAGGCUUCACAUCAGCAUUAAAGCACGUUAGUAUUUUCAAAAAUGAAAAUCCUUUUUCUUAUAUUUACAUUCCAGUCUCAUUUGCGUUAACUACUAACAGAUAUAUAAUGUUUAUGUAUGAGGCGUUUUCAUAUCACGUUUGUUGUUGAUAUCUGUUGUUGUUAUAACCCAUGUUGUGGUGUUUUACAAGUACAUGUAUAUAUCAGAAUAACCUUCCAAUGUUGCAUUUUAUUCUGAUAUAGUAAAAUACUAGGAAUGUAAUUUAUUCUGGUUCAAUAGAAUACUAGGAGUGUAAUUUAUUCUGGUUCAAUAGAAUACUAGGAAUGCAAUUUAUUCUGGUUCAAUAGAAUACCAGGAAUGUAAUUUAUUCUGGUUCAAUAGAAUACUAGGAAUGCAAUUUAUUUUGGUUCAAUAGAAUACCAGGAAUGUAAUUUAUUCUGGUUCAAUAGAAUACUAUAGGAAUGUAAUUUAUUCUGGUUCAACAUAAUACCAGAGAUGCUUUUUUUUUCUGGCUCAAUAGGAAUGUAAUUUAUUCUGGUUC